AUGGAUAAGCUAAUUUUGACCCUUGAUAAAGGUACAACGUGCACGGCAUGGAAUUAUAGCGGCCACAGAUUAGCCGCUGGUUCAACUGAUGGUACCGUCGCUAUCUACGAUUCAACUGACCCAGUUUCUUCAACCUUUAACUGUACAUCCAGAUUCAAGGUCCAAGAAAGCAGCAUUUUGAAAGUUGUUUGGAUUCCACCGGAGUAUGGAGAUGCAGUUGCUUGCAUUGCUACUGAUGGAACUUUGUCAUUGUGGGAAGAGGUUGCACAAGAUACUGAGGCACUUCACUGGAAGUUGUGCAAAUGUUUUGAAAGAAACACAAGUCAAGUUCUAGAUAUUCAAUUUGGAGAUUCUCGCACUUCUCUGAAAUUGGUGGCUGCAUAUUCAGAUGGACAAGUGAAAAUCUUUGAGCUUCUAGAUCCACUUGAAUUGGAGAAGUGGCAAGUGCAGGCUGAAUUUCAAAACAUAAUUGAUUUAGUAUCUAAGUUUGGGAAUGCUUCAUGCUCAUCUGCAUCCAUCUCUUGGAAUCCACAAAGAGGUGAACUCCAGCAGUCAAGCUUUAUCUUGGGCUUCAGCUCAAAUAGCCCGCUUCUAAAUUCCUCCAAGGUUUGGGAGUUUGACCAGGAUCAUCAAAGAUGGCUUCCAGUUGCUGAACUUGCUUCGCCAGAGGAUAAGAGUGAUCAAGUUUUUGCAGUUGCUUGGGCCCCAAAUAUUGGAAGGCCAUAUGAAUUGAUAGCUGUUGCCACUAACAAGGGCAUAGCCAUCUGGCACCUUGGUUCAAACCCUGAUUCAAACGGGAGGCUAUCCACGGAGAAGGUUGCUGUUCUAUCUGGUCACGAUGGCGAGGUACAGCAGAUGGAAUGGGACAUGAGCGGGAUGACAUUGGCCUCUACCGGGAGUGAUGGCAUGGUUAAGUUAUGGCAGUCAAACUUAAAUGGCGUUUGGCAUGAGCAAGCCAUUUUGGCACCCGUCUUUCCUGAACAGUGA